AAGCGUUUUUCAAUAUGGCCGUCGAAAUUGAAUCUACCGACGUUGUGCGUUUGAUUGAACAGUACUUAAAAGAGAACAAUCUCCUCAGGACCCUCACUAUUCUGCAGGAGGAGAGUGGUAUCUCGUUGAAUACCGUCGACUCUGUAGACAGCUUCGUCUCCGACAUCAACAAUGGCCACUGGGACACGGUACUGCAGGCCAUACAGUCCCUCAAACUGCCCGAUACCAAACUCAUUGACUUAUACGAACAGAUUGUCAUCGAGUUGAUCGAGUUGCGAGAACUCGGGGCGGCGAGAUCGCUGCUGCGUCAGACAGAUCCCAUGAUCAUGAUGAAGCAGACCCAGUCGGACAGAUACCUGCAUUUAGAAAACAUGUUGGCCAGGUCAUAUUUUGAUCCGCGAGAGGCCUACCCUGAGGGACAAACGAAAGAGCGACGCCGUGCUGCCAUUGCCCAGGCCCUGUCUGGAGAGGUCAACGUUGUCCCCCCAUCACGUCUACUGGCCCUGCUGGGGCAGGCGUUGAAAUGGCAGCAGCACCAGGGACUUUUACCUCCAGGUACGACCAUCGAUGUGUUCAGAGGGAAGGCAGCCGUCAAGGAGCAAGAGGAGGAGAAAUAUCCAACACAGCUUAGCAAGACCAUUAAGUUCGGACUGAAGUCGCAUAUCGAGUGCGCUCGCUUCUCACCAGAUGGCCAAUAUCUCGUAACGGGAUCCGUCGAUGGGUUCAUCGAAGUGUGGAACUUCACGACGGGGAAGAUCAGAAAGGAUUUGAAAUAUCAAGCGCAGGAAACCUACAUGAUGAUGGACGACGCAGUCCUCUGCAUGUGUUUCAGUAGGGAUUCGGAAAUGUUGGCAACCGGUGGACAGGAUGGAAAAAUAAAGGUCUGGAAAAUACAAACUGGACAGUGUUUACGACGAUUCGAAAAGGCCCACAGCAAGGGAGUCACGUGUGUCACAUUCGCCAAAGACAGCGGGCAGCUUCUCAGCGCGUCAUUCGACCAGACCAUCAGAAUCCACGGCCUGAAGUCGGGGAAGUUGUUGAAGGAGUUCCGAGGACAUACGUCUUUUGUAAACGACGCAAUAUUCGCCCCGGAUGGUCAUCAUAUUAUAAGCGCUAGUUCAGACGGUACCGUCAAAGUUUGGAACAUAAAAAGUACGGAAUGCGGUAACACUUUCAAGUCGCUAGGUGGCACCGCAGGUGGCGACAUCACGGUUCACAGCGUCCAUCUCAUACCGAGAAAUGUCGAGCAAUUUGUCGUCUGCAAUCGGUCGAAUACCGUCGUCAUUAUGAACAUGCAAGGACAGAUCGUGAGGAGUUUCUCGAGUGGUAAACGGGAAGGAGGUGACUUCGUCUGCUGCUACCUGUCGCCGAGGGGAGAGUGGAUUUACUGCGUCGGAGAGGAUAUGGUUCUGUACUGCUUCAGUAUCACGACAGGGAAGCUGGAGAGAACAUUAACGGUGCAUGAGAAAGAUGUCAUUGGCCUUGUUCAUCACCCACAUCAGAAUCUAUUGGCCACGUACUCGGAGGACGGACUCUUGAAAACAUGGAAGCCUUGAGGCGUCGUACUUGUAUCAUCCUGUGGAAAUCCGGGGUUGAUGUUCACUUCUGUGGCCAGCCCUCCACACCAACUCCUGAGACAUUCCCCCAAUCGUUGAAGUACCGCUGCACAUCACCUUAAAGUCGGCAUUCAAGGUGAUGGAAGGGUCAACCUCGGCUCCAAGUAUCGUGUACCGUACUUCUAAUGAUUAGUAUGAAGAAAUGGUACUCGGAAAUCUUAGAAUCGAGGUUGCAGUGAGCACCUCGAAGAAGACAGUGCUUUCUUUUCCGUCGGCAAGAUAGAACAACCAAUGAAAAUGCAAUUUUGGAUAUCGUUGCUGCAACGUUUUUGAAAUUCCUCGAUGCAAAUGCUAGCGACGCUCUGAUUGGGCGGAAUUGUUUUUGUGCUAGAACUUCGCCAAAUGGGGGCCAAUGGCUGAGGGGUUUGUGUCCAGGGUCAGAGAAGUGAACAACCACCGCGAUUUCGCAGGAUGUACUUGAUUGAGACAUUUUAAAAUAUUUCAACACCUGACCAUGGAUUAUUUCAACACCUGACGAUAGGAUAUCUAAAGGCCAGAAGAUGGACUAUUCUGAAAAUUGUGAGGACUUCAGGUCUCAUCUUGUGUGAGCAUUUAACCUGUUAGCCUGUCACCGUGAAAUAUUCACGAAGCUAAAAGUUUGCAAAUUAGCUGAAAGUGAAUUUACUUUGGGAUGCACUGAAGUCUGCUUUUGACGCCAGAAUUUAAGGAAUUUGACUUUCAAAUAUUUUUGCGUUUUUAGUUCAUGUUUGAUGACGUAUGCAUAAAGCGUCACAAUUUGCAGAUUGUCAGUAGGGUAAUCGAUUCGAAAGUCCUCAGGAUUGCAGGCCAUGCCGAGACGAUGUGUUGGUGUCUUUAACUUGCAAAAUACUGAGGACCAGGAUUGUUGCGACUUGGAUGUUUUAAAACAUUGCCAAUUCUGUCUCAUUGGAUCGAAUCAUUGUGCGAUCAUGUUAUGAAAGACUUUGAUGCGUGACAUUUUACAGUAAUGGGCCACUUUGCUGCAUGGCGUUCUGCAGUAAUGGGCCGCUUUGAUGCGUGACACUUUACAGUAAUGGGCCACUUUGACGCAUGGCACUUUACAGUAAUGGGCCACUUUGAUGCAUGGCACUUUACAGUAAUGGGCCACUUUGAUGCAUGGCAUUUUACAGUAAUGGGCCACUUUGAUGCAUGGCACUUUACAGUAAUGGGCCACUUUGAUGCAUGGCACUUUACAGUAAUGGGCCACUUUGAUGCGUGGCAUUUUACAGUAAAGGGCCACUUUGAUGCAUGGCGUUCUGCAGUAAUGGUCCACUUUGAUGCGUGGCAUUUUACAGUAAUGGACUGUUCAUUUAUUAUGUCCUUGUAUGAAAGGAGGAAAGGCCUUUGUAAAUUUGAGGUCCAUUUUGCCCCCUUGUGGUUACAUGUCGG